AUGGCUCGACGACCGGCUCUGGUGACUUGCUUGGCCGUGUUUUUCCUCGGACGUGUAAACGGUCAAGACCUGAUGGGAGAACCGACCUGCGCGACACCAUGCGUAAAGACCGCAGUACCGGCUGGAGGAUGUACUAUUGGGGAUAUUGGUUGCAUGUGUGGCCCAGCAUUUGUUUCAAUAUUCGCGAUACUAGGUCCCUGUCUGGUAUUACAAUGUGAACCGAGGGAUAUAAAUUCGAUGUCCACGAUCGCAUCGGCGCAGUGCGAAUCUGCAACUUUGGGGCUUUUCACAACCACCACACCUACUGGGACCGUCGGGAAGCAAGACGUCACAAGCACAAGUGCAUCGAGUACACAAGAACAUACCAGCAAUGUGACACUAUCCGCGCCG